AUGAGUCUCGCUGAAGAGUUUGAAGAACUUGAUACUGAUCACAAUGGUCUCAUCAACUACAACGAGUUUUUAAAUGCAUUUAAAGAUAACAAAGAUGAAAAAGUUGAUAAUCAACACUUAAAAAUGGUGUUUGACAUGGCAAACAUAGAAGAAAAUGGGUUUUUGACCUCAAAUGAGUUUGUCCAUGUAAUGACUAACCUUGAUGAAGUUGAGGACAAAUCCGAUAGAUCGUUAUAUACCCUUCUUUUCCAUUUAAUUGAUGAUGAUAAUAGUGGAACCCUUGAAAUUAAUGAAUUGGCCAGAUUCAUGAGAGUCUUGAAAACUGAAUUAAAUGAAGAAGAAUUGAAGACGGCUUUGUCGGCAAUGGAUAGUGAUAGCGAUGGUAAAGUCGAUUUAGAAGAUACACUCAAGUUUUUCUUGAGUGACAAUCAACGAAAUAAAUUAAUCUUCAUUCAUUUUUAA